UUGGGACUCGCCUUUGGUCAUACACCAGUGAGUGUUUUCGCCUUCAAGCGCCUAUACUGCACAGAUGGAUUCUUCUUCAGUGGAUGUUUCCGAAGAAAUUAUCGUUCUCCGAGGUUGUGCGAUUCCUAGCCAUCGGCCCUGAGACUCUGAAACUUGCAGACGCGAUCAAGCAGCAUGGGACCACCGACGCCGGUGGACAGAGCUCCGUUGCAUACGGGAUACUGUUCGAUAAGACUGCAAAUACACUCGAGGCUUUAAACGGGACCCUCCGGGCGGCCAAGCGCCAGAAGAAGGUCAUGUUCCAGGGAGAAAUUCUUAUGAUGCCCAAAGAUAAAGAUGUACAAGUCGUUUGGCUCGAAUAGAUACCUGUCAGGCUGUAGGAAUAACUCCAUUGACUGACCUGAACUAUAUGUCCCACAUUAUCUUCCUCUUUCCCUUGUAAUGGCUUCAACAUUCGAAGUGAAGCAGUCCGGAAGAAAGUCGUUUUUGUCGGA